CUCCCAAAAUUUUCACGUUUAAAACGGCUUCAACAUCUGAAUUUCUACAAUUUUCAGUAGCCCUUCAACGCAAUUCUUCAGUUUCUUCCUCCAUCACUUAAAAAAUUUUCUGUUUAAUUGAUCAAGUUUCAGUCUUGUCAUCUUUUGCCUUCUGUGUUUCAUUGGUUCAAGCUCUGUAGAUUCAUUAAUGGCUUCUUAAUUUUUUUUUAAAUCUGUUUUUAAUUCAAUCCAUGGCUUCUCAAAGAACAGAACUCACUAUAAUUCUCAGUAACUAAUUUUUUUUUCUUAAUUUACUUUCUGAAAUUCGUUGCUUUUUGCAUGUUUCAUGCAGUAAGAACCCUUGAUUUCGUAUCCAAAAACAGUUUCUGAAAACACUCUGUUCCAAAAACUGUCUCUGAAAACAACUCACCAUUUCAAAGGGUCAUCGAAAGGGAGCGAAAUUUGAGUACUCUUUAUCGAAAGGAAGAGCCUCAGAAGCUCAGAAACUCAUCUUUCAAUGGCGGACUCAGAUAACGAGUCAGGCGGGGAAAGAGACAGGUCUCAGAACGCUGGUGCGAACUCAACCUCGGAGUUGUCUCCGAGGGAACAAGACCGGUUCUUACCGAUAGCAAACGUGAGCAGGAUCAUGAAAAAGGCUCUGCCGGCGAACGCGAAGAUAUCUAAAGACGCUAAAGAGACCGUACAAGAAUGUGUGUCGGAGUUCAUAAGCUUCGUGACGGGCGAGGCGUCGGACAAGUGCCAGAGAGAGAAGAGGAAGACGAUUAAUGGCGAUGAUCUUUUGUGGGCAAUGACCACUUUGGGCUUUGAAGAUUACGUGGAGCCACUCAAGGUUUAUUUGCAGAGGUUUAGAGAGAUAGAGGGGGAGAAGGUGGCGCGUGACAAGGACGUGCCUCCGGGUACGGGUGGUGGGAUGGGUGACUAUGGCAUGGCGAUGAUGAUGGGGCAUGGAAGUCAUCAGCUUCAUCAAGGACACAUGUACGGCUCAAGUGGGUUUCAUCAUAUGGCUCUGGGUGGUGGGAUUGGCAAGGGGGGGCCUAAUCUAAGUAGACCCAGAUAUAAUAAGUAGUAAUAGUAGUAACACAAUUACAUUACAACAUCAAAUAUCAAGGACACGUGUAUGGUUUUCAUUGGUUUGAUCAUUUCAGUGAUGAACGGCUGAGAUUAUAUGUCAAAAAUAGGUGUGCUUGGCUAUUAGUGAGGUUUUGGCAUUUUUGUGGAUUUUGUAAUUUGUAAUUUGUAAUCUGCUUGAUGGUAAUUGAGUGUGUGCCCAAACUAAGUUGGAUUUGAAAUUUGAAAUUUGAUUGAAUUUAACAUAA